AGAGGUUAAGGCAAAAUUACUGGUUUGAGAUUAUAUUCUCUGCCAGAGGACGCCAUUACUGCAUGUUAGGUUCUUUGUUACCAACGUGAUAUCGUUAUAUUUUUGUUUUUUUAAGAAUUUUUUUGGACUGUUGGUGCAAGUUAUGUACGGAAAUGAUCGCAACAGAAGUCCUUACUACAAUGCUGUCCAUCAUAAUCAACGAUUCGACGAUCCGUCGCAGGUGAAACGGAGCAAAUUCGACAGGCGACCACGUUGUCUGCAUUCGUCCCCUAUAGGACUACCUUCGCCCGAUUUAUCGUCUCGUAACGCUAGCCCCAGGACACCGAAUCGAAGCUAUAAUUUCGAAUCUCCGAAUUCUAAUCGUUCGCCGUACUACGGCCACCAUUUCGAUCAAUCUAAUUAUAUAUCUCCGGGUCCUUCAUUCGCACGCACGCCUAAUUCCAGUUGGGAAUCCUAUGGUUCUGGUUCGUUCGUACGCACGCCUAAUUUGAGCUGGGAAUCCUUUGAUUCUGGUUCCGGUGGAAAGAAUUAUGGGAAGAAAAAGCAUAAUUUCCGUGACUCCCGUCGUAGUUCCAACUGCAAUCCCGGCGGAAGCGACAACAUUAGCAAUUAUGCUAACUCUUCUAUGCUUGAAGAUCCUUGGUUGGAAUUGGAACGAGAGAGAAAAGACAAUAACUGAUUACGAGAUGUUUUAGCUUAUCAUCUGUAAAUAUGA